ACAGCUAAGUAUCGAUAAUCCGGAUUAAUUGGGUCCGAAACCCAUCCAGAUUUUCGAAUUCAUCGGCGUAAACUCCAAAUUCCAGUUCAGGUGUUCAGAGCACGGGCCUGUACUUCGUAAAGAGUGCAGGAAUACUUACAAAAUCAGGCUUUUUGAAGGCUCCAGAUUGCAUUGACGUCCGGAUUUUCGAGCUUUACAUGUAUAUAUACAUGUGUUAGGUGGCACGUAUAUCAUAUUACUAGUGAAGUGCAGCCGAUUAACAUGUACUUCAACGUUGCGCUUAGCUUGGCUUUGGGCGUAUUCUUCGUGGCUGCUCGUGAAAUCGAAGAGUUGUUUAGCUUGAUCGACGAAGAUUACCUCCAAGAAUUAGUGAGAAAUGCCGAAUUAGAGGUCCAAAAACUACGCGAAAUUGAAAGCAGAGCAAAAUACUUGAAUCCUUACGUUAUUUCUGCCGAAGGAAGACAUCAGUUAAAAACGUGUCCCGCAUAUCACCCUAACGAUGUUCAAACCAUGCUUGAAAUAAUGACACGUGAUAUAGUUGGCAGAUAUGAUUUAGAUUCAACCGAUAUAAAUCUACUACGAGAGUAUCCUCUGAAGAAUAACGAAAUCACCAAGCAAUUACAGGAGCAAUGUGUGGACAACAGACCAGUCGAUUGCACCGAUACAAAAUACCCUACAAUAGAUGGAAGUUGCAAUCAUUUAAAUAGGCCAAACGAAGGAAGGACGUUCUCCUGUUUGGAUCGUUUAUUACCUCCCGAUUAUGCCGAUGGUGUGGAUACCCCGAGAAUAUGUAGGGAAUGCCCUACACCAGAUCCGAGAAAUAUAACUUUAAAUGUUCAUAGAACUGGAAAUUAUGGCAGCCUUAGUUAUCGUUACACUGCACUGGUUUCGAUUUUCGGACAAUUCGUCGAUCACGACAUGGAAUUUACCACUCAACCUACGUCAAUAAAUAAUUCAGCGAUCCAGUGUUGCGGCGAUCCUCCUCUUCACGAAACUUGUUUACCUAUUGAAAUUGGUCCGAAUGAUCCCGAUUUUCCAAAUAUUACUUGCAUGAAUUUUGUGCGAGAUGCCCGAUGUGGAACUUGUAAUUUAGGUUGGAGAGAACAGAUGAAUUCUUUAACUCCGGCACUCGAUUGUUCUCAAGUGUACGAUACAGAUUUAAAUCGAUCUCUAAUACUAAGAACAUUAGAUGGAACUGGUAAAUUAGCAUCUAGAAUGACAUCAGUCGGAGAGUUUCCAAUGCCAGAUUUGAAUUUGAAUGCUCCUAAUCUAUGCAAUCCGCCUAAUGAAUGCUUUAAAACAGGCGAUUUUAGAUCGAACCAAAACCUGGGUUUAGCAUCGAUGCACAUUACUUUCCUCAGAUUCCACAAUAGAAUCGCCGAAGAAUUGAAAAUAAUGAAUCCACAAUGGACGGAAGAAACUUUAUAUCAAGAAACAAGAAAAUAUGUUAUUUGUGUCUAUCAACACAUCGUCUAUACCGAAUUUCUUCCAUUAAUUAUUGGGCCGGAUUUAGCGAGACGUUUACACGAUGGUGGAUAUACGAGAUAUUAUAAUUCGGUUCCUAUGAAAUUAAUAAAUUCUUUCGCUGCUGCCGGUUAUAGACUCCAUUCUAUAGUACCCGAUCCAAUAUUUCUAAUUACCGAAGACGGAAGAAAGAGUGAAAUACUUCUAAGAGAUUCCUUUUUCGAUGUGACUACCAUACUCCAACGAGGAAUCGAAGACGUAAUAAGAGGAGCAACUAUACAAGCGGAAGAAAAUUACGAUGAUUUAUUAGUUCAGUCACUGACUACAUUUAUGUAUAGAAGAAAUACUACGAGUUUAGGAUUGGAUCUUGCCUCUAUAAAUAUACAAAGAGGGAGAGACCACGGCCUUCCUUCUUACAUUCAAUACGUUCAUUACUUUCACGGAUUCACAAUAGAAACAUUUUCAGAUUUAAUUACGUAUGAUUUAAUGGAUAGAUCUACUGUAGAGAAAUUAAUGAAUGUGUACCAAUGUGUGGAAUGCAUCGAUCUUUUUACGGGUUUAAUCUGUGAAAGACGUCAGAGAAAUUCAGUUGUUGGACCUACAGCAGCCAUACUUAUUGCACGACAAUUUUAUCGUUUAAAAUUCGGUGCAAGACAUUUUUACACGCAUUGGAAUUAUUUAACAUUAGAACAGAGCGAAGCUAUUGAAGAAGUCUCACUCAGUCAUGUAUUUUGCUAUGCCAAUGGAAUGGCUGAAAUAACAGAAACCCCAUUUAUAAGAGGAAGUCGCAUCAUACGUUGCCGUGAUUUCCCUCCGUUGGAUCUCUCUGCGUGGAAGGAGGAUUACUUGGCCUUGGGCGUAUUCUUUGUCUCCGCUCGUGAAAUCGAAGAGUUGUUUAGCUUGAUCGACGACGAUUAUCUACGUGAAUUAGUAAGAAAUGCCGAAUUAGAGGUCCAAAAAUUGCGUGAAAUUGAAAGUAAAGAAAAAUGGAGCCGUGUACUGCUGUCUAGUAUCUACCGUAUCUGGGUCAUGCUGUUAGCUGUGGUGGAAUUAAAAAAUAAAAUUGNCAAAUUAUAUAAUGAUUUCGCUGGUUGUGCUUUCAGACUUCAUUCUACAGUUCCCGAUCCAAUCUUCUUAGUUACCGAAGAUGGAACAAUGGAAGAAAUACAGCUAAGAGAUAACUUUUGCAUUAAUGAUUAUAUACUUAAUCGAGGGAUCGAAGACAUUUUAAGAGGGUCGACUAAACAACCAGAAGAGAAAUUUGAUCGUUUAUUAGUACAGUCGCUGACAACAUUUUUAUAUAGAGUAAAUAAUUCGAGAAUAGGAUUGGAUCUUGCUUCAAUGAAUAUACAAAGAGGAAGAGAUCAGGGUCUACCUCCUUACAUAAAAUAUCUAUCUUUUCUAUACGGAAUCAAAAUUGAGAAAUUUUCAGAUUUAGCCAAAUGUGGUUUAAUGGAUUACUCCACUGUGAAGAUAUUGCAAGAAGUUUACCAAUGCGUGGAAUGUAUCGAUUUUUUCACGGGUUUGGUUUGCGAAAAACGUUUGGAAAAUGCCACAGUUGGACGUACAGCAGCCACAAUUAUUGGUCUACAAUUUUUUCGUUUUAAAUUUGGAUGGAGACAUUACUGCGGACAUAAGAAUUGUCUAAAACCGGAUCAGAUGGAGUUAAUUAAAACAGUUAAACUCAGUCAUUUGAUUUGUUACACCACUAACAUUUCUAAAAUAGAGGAAAAUGUAUUUGUGUUCGGAAGUCCUCUCAUAAAUUGCGAAGAUGUCCGACGUUGGGAUUUUUCUGCAUGGAAAGAGAAACCAGGGGAAAACAAUUGAAAAUUCUUCUUAAUUAUCUCAUAAAAAUUUAAAUUUCAUUUCUAAUAAUUAAUUGUUAAAAGAAUAUUUUAAACUAUACUAUGAGGAGUGGUGGUAUAAGCAUUCAUUUACAUAUUUUAC